CUUCCCCGGUGCUUCGUCGCUAAGCCUCCCGAAGGAAGGGAGUACUUCCGACCGCGGAGGAAGAGGAGGCGCGGCGCCGAUGGAUCCCUGCGAGAUCGCGCGCCUGCCGGAGGAGCUCGUGUCGGCGGCGCUCUCCCGCACGUCGCCGCGCGACGCCUGCCGCGCCGCGGCGGUCUCCCCGGCCUUCCGCGCCGCCGCCGACUCCGACGCCGUCUGGGCCUGCUUCCUGCCGCCGCUCGCUGACCUCCCACCGCCCGCCCAUGGAGAGCCGCUGCCGCCGGGCGGGAAGAAGGACAUGUUCCUCCGCCUCUCCGGCAGCUCCGUCCUACUCCCAGGCGGACUACUGAGCAUGUGGCUGGACAGGGAGACCGGCGCCAAGUGCUACAUGGUGUCGGCGACGGAGCUGUCAAUCGCGUGGCGCGACACGCCGCAAUACUGGACCUGGACCCCUCUCGACGACUCCAGGUUCUCUGAGAGUCCUCAUCUCGAGUUCGUUUUCUGGCUGGAAAUCAGUGGCAAGAUACACAGCAACAUGUUGUCCGCAGGCUCAGCCUAUUCCGCUUUCAUAGUGUACAAGUUGGCCGACCAUACCUGCGGGCUGGACUCGCCCCAGGAUGCAUCGGUGAGCGUUAGAGGCAUCGACCUUGUCCGUAAGGUCUGCCUCCAACCUAACCCGCAAAGAAGCCAUGCAGAGGAUGUAGUGCUGCCCCGUAGAAGGGGCGAUGGUUGGAUGGAGCUGGAGCUAGGUGAGUUUGUCUGUGAGGGGGAUGAAGAUGGCGACGUGUCCUUCGGCCUGGCAGAGACCAAACGUUUGAAUGCGAAGAGUGGUCUCAUCAUUCAGGGCAUUGAGAUAAGGCGUAAGAAUUAAAUCAGUCUAGUUAAGGGAGGAGCUUCCUGGAUUAAACUGAAUGAAUCCACGGUUUAAUCCAUUAUAUAAGAGAAUCAGCUAAGGAAUCAUAUUUGUUGGUAAUGUGUUGAUUUGAACCGCCCUCUUGGUUCAUUCUAUUUCUAUAGAUGGGGAUAUGCAUCUCUUUGCUUA